GGACCAUAUCGUUGAGGAUGUCACGUCGAAUUUCUGGUCUCCAGUGAGCUUUCGGAAUAUCACUGUUCUUGUUUGGCUGAGUGGCAGCUGUUAUGAGGUUCCGCCGUUACAAAUAACACAUGACUCCUCCGACGACGCCUACUUCGCCAGAAUCAGAGCGAGCCAAAGAUACUUCUUCGGUGUAUUUCGUGGCUGGCUGCGUAUCCGGAUUCCUCACACGGUGCAUAUGUCAACCUUUCGAUGUCUUGAAGAUUCGAUUUCAACUCCAGCUGGAUCCGAUAACUGUCAAGUGUGAUUCCGCGAAAUACUCGGGAAUUAAACAAGCAAGUCGCCUGAUUCUACGUGAGGAAGGUAUCACGGCUUUCUGGAAAGGCCACCUACCCGCGCAGACGCUAAGCGUGGUCUAUGGAGGGAUUCAAUUUUACGGGUAUGAGUUUUCGAAGAAUUGGCUAUUCCCGGACCGCAAUGAUUUCAAUUCGAAUUUCAUCAGCGGAGCGCUUGGGGGCGGCACCGCGAUGGCGGUGGCCCAUCCCCUGGAUGUCAUAAGGACGCGGCUCAUAGCUCAAGGUGAACCGAAGACGUACAAUGGAAUGUUCGAUGCAAUGAGGACCAUGAAAAGAAGAGAGGGUCCUCGCGCCUUCUACAAGGGCCUUCUCUCCAAUUUGCUCCAGGUGACUCCAUACAAUGGAGCUUGUUUCGCGUUCUAUCAUUUCUUCCGAGGACUUCUCGAAGACGUUCCCUACGCGCCCGCGAAUCUACUCUCCGGCGCCUUGUCAGGAUUUGCAAGUAAAUCACUUGUUUAUCCUUUCGACCUUAUCAAGAAGCGUUUACAGGUUCAAGGAUUCAUGGACCGCUCGCAUAGAUUUGGCCAUUACAACGGCCUGAUGAAUUGUGCGAAAUCUGUGUUAGCCUCAGAAGGUAUGAAAGGAUUCUUCAAAGGAUAUGUGCCCGCUUGCAUGAAAGCCAUGGCGAUGUCGGCGUGCCAAUUCACAUUCUAUGAGGCAGCCAUUUUCGGCUUAACGACCCCUUUAACGGAUCGGGGAGAUCCAUAGCCUCGGUCGGAAUAGAUCGUUCAGGGAUGAAUCCAUCCUUCAAACUUUUCUCUGUGCUGAAGUCUUGGGUCUGGAGAAUCCGUGGAUCGACGAGAUACUUUAAGAGCCUCGCACCUAGUUGGGCGGGAUACCUGUCUGAGCGAAUCAGACUUAAGACCUUGGAGUCGUCACUUUGAGCGGCGAAAGAAUGUUGGUUUGGAGACGACGCGUCCCGAGAAAUGAAGGGAAAUAAAUCGAAGGGAAUCCUCCGAAAGAGGCGAACCCAUGAUAU